AUGUCGACCAAGCUCAUGGCUAUAACCGCAAAUUCUAUGGAGGACGACGACGCGGAUGUGAGGCGGGCAGCUGUUCAGGCGUUAGGCACACAAUCGCCCUGGCCGCCCAGUGUCCUCGAAAAGGUCGUGUACCGAUUCAAUGACGACGAUGGGCUUGUGAGGUGGGCAGCUGCUCAAGCCUUACGCAGACAGCCUCCCGAAAUCCUGCAAGCGGUCAUGUGCCAAUUAGGCAAUGACAACUCUCUUGUGAGGGAGGCAGCUGUUCACGCCCUAGGAGGGCAAUCUCCCUGGCCGCCUGAAAUCAUGCAAGCAGUCACAUGCAGAUUAGUUGACGACAACGCGAGUAUGAGGACGGCAGCUGUUCAGGCCUUAGGAGGGCAAACUCCCUGGCCGCCCGAAAUCCUCCAGGCAGUCAGAUGCCGAUUGGGUGACGACAACGCGGAUGUGAGGGCAGCAGCUGUUCAGGCCUUAGGCAGACAUUCUCCAUGGCCACCUCAGAUUAGCAAGGCAGUCAUAUGCCGAUUAGAAGAUAACGACUUGGUUGUUAGGGCACUAGCUGCUCUUGCAUUUGGCAGACAAGCUCCCUGGUCGCCCGAAAUCCUUCAGGGUAUCAUGUGCCAAUUGGGCAACGAUGACAACCGUGUGCGAUGGGCAGCUACUAAGGCCUUAGACACACAGUGUCCCUGGUCGCCCGAGAUCUUCGAGGCUGUUGUAUGCCGGUUAGACGACAAUGAUGAAGAUGUGAGGGUAGCAGCUAUUCAGACCCUAGGCACACAAGCUUCCUGGCCUCCUGAGAUUGUCGAGGCGGUCGUGUGCCGAUUAAACGACAAAGACAAACAGGUGCGGCGGGCAGCUAUUGAGGCCCUAGGCAAACAAUCUCCCUGGCCGGCCGAGAUCCUCCGGGCGAUCAUGUGCCGAUUAGAUAAAGGAGACUGGGAAGUGGCGUCCAAGAUAGAAGCUCUCCUGUGGAAAUAUGAUGAUUUCCUUUCUCCCAUCUUCAAUAUGCAUGCUGAUGCUGCCUUAAUGUUGGGCAAAAUUUGGGCUCAACGAAGUAUCUAUGGGAUGUUUGUCUGCUAUGUCUGUGAUGGAGAUGUAUAUUUUGAGACAUCAGAUGGGCGAAGGUCAAUGUCUCUAUCUAUGGAAAACAUCCAGCUGCUCAAGCAGACAUUAUGGGUUGCCACCGUCAACAGCCCAAUAUUACGUUUAGUUUACAGAGGUGGAACUCCAUUUAGUAGAUUGAGAGAUUGA